ACAGAACUUCCUCCCAUUCAUGAAUUUUAUAGUACUCUUAAAGGUAAGAUUUCACAAGAUGACUACAAAUAUACCCAGAAAACAGAGUUUCGAAAAAUAUCUAUGGAAUAUUAUAAACUUGAUCCCAAUCACUAUGUUUCUGCCCCAUCAUUAUCCUGGGAUGGAAUGCUUAAGAUGUCAGGAGUUAGGAUUAAACUUUUCACAGAUAUGACUAUGCAUGAUUUUACCGAAAAAGCUAAGCGUGAUG